UGAGGACCCCUCAGACGGCCAGACCAAGACCGCCCGGACCUGGGAGUUGUCGGUGGUGUUCCUGUGUUUCUAUGGGUUUAUGGUGCAGCUGAAGCCUGGGGAGCCCUUUAUAACACCAAACCUGCUCAGCAUGGAGAAGAACUUCACCAGGGAACAGGUGACCAAUGAGAUCAACCCGAUUCUGUCCUACUCCUACAUGGCGGUGCUGGUGCCAGUCUUCCUCUUGACAGACGUCUUGCGUUACAAGCCCGUCCUGGUCCUCUCCAGCCUCAGCCACGUGGCCAUCUGGCUCCUCCUCCUCCUGGGCUCCUUAGAGAUGCAGUUCAUGGAGUUCUUCUACGGCAUCACCAUGGCAGCACGCGUGGCUUACUCCUCCUAUAUCUUCUCUCUGGUCACCCCAGAGCUCUACCAACGCGUGGCCAGCUACUCACGCUCUUGCGUCCUCAUGGGGGUGUUUGCCAGCUCGGUGCUGGGCCAGGUGCUGAUAUCCGUGGGCAGGCUCUCCUUCGCCACGCUCAGUGUUGUCUCCUUGGCCUUGGUGUCCUUCGGCCUGGUGCUCUCCUGCUGCCUGCCCUGGCCCAAGAGGUCCUUGUUCUUCAACAGGGCCCACCACGCUGCCCAGAGGAACCUCCAGGAGCAGGCUGCCGCCCAGUCGGAGCUGGCCAGGAUGAAGCAGGGUGAAGCGGACUUGGGUUCAGGUGACACACCCUCCCUGGCCCCCCUCAGCUCUGGUUCCUCCUGGAGGGACUCCGUGUUUAUUCAGAUGCUGACGGAGCUGAGGAACGUGCCGCGGAGGCCCAGCCUGAGACUGUGGAGCCUGUGGUGGGUGUUCAACUCCGCUGGCUACUACCUGGUGCUGUUGUACGUCCAUGUCCUGUGGAACAAGGUGUACCCCGCCACGGAGAACAAACAUGUCUACAACGGAGGGGUGGAGGCUGUCUCCACACUACUGGGUGCGAUCACGUCAUUUGCAGCGGGCUUCGUGAAGAUCCGCUGGAACGUGUGGUCUGAGCUGGUGAUCGGCGUCAUCACUGCUCUACAGGCUGGCCUGCUGCUCCUCAUGGGGACCACCAGCAACAUCUGGGUCUGCUAUGUGGCCUACUCCCUCUUCAGGGGUUUCUACCAGUUCCUCGUGCCCAUCGCCAUUUUCCAGAUCGCCUCGUCGCUCACCAAGGAGCUGUGUGCCCUGGUGUUUGGGGUCAACACUUUCCUGGCGACCGUUCUGAAGACCAUCAUCACCCUCAUCGUCUCUGACAAGAAGGGUCUGGGACUAGACGUGCACUCCCAGUUCCUGGUCUACUUCUUCUACUUUGCCUUGCUGACGGUUAUCUACCUGGGCUGUGCUGCCUGGGUCAUCAUUCACCACUACAGGAACCAAUCGGCAGGAGGGAGAGGGGACACAGACCAGGCCACGCCCACUGAGCUAUGUUCCGUACCAUCAAACCCCUCAGAGAUGGAACCUCUGUCCAAUGGGAACAAUGUGAAGGCCUGAAAGGGAUAUUGUGGAAUGAUGGCAGUGAAGCCCUUUAUCUACUUCCCCAGAGUCAGAUUGGAGACUAUUUUUAUGUAUCUGCAUGCAGUUAGAAGGAAUUUGCUAACUAGCGUUAGCGUAAUGACUGGAAGUCUAUCGGAACAGCUAGCAUG